CCCGUCCACGCAUCGCCACCGCGCCAUAUCGGCAUAUCCGCAAGAAGCACCCGGCACAUCGCGUCGCCCCCACCUUCCCCCUCCCACCACCGCAAGCCCGGACACGCCCAGGGCGCAAAUCCGGACAAGCGCUGCCCCGGUCGCGGCAGGCAUGGGUUUCCCGGUGGGCUACUCGGAGCUGGUGCUCCCGAAGCAGCUGCUCCACCUCCUGCUGCUGCUGGGGUACAUCCGCCGCUUCCUCCUCUGGGCGUUCGACGCCGUGGGGCUCGGCGACCUGCUGGAUCUCGGGGACGACCACCAGGCGCUGCUGCAGGACCACCAGCAGCAGCAGCACGGCGCCGCCGCGCAGGGGCGGGACCUGCCGCAGCAGGCGGCGAUGCUGCAGCACCGGCGCCCGGAGUUCCGGGCGGUGCCGGCGAUGGUCAUCGAGGAGGUCCUCCCCGUGGUGCGGUUCGACGAGCUGGAGCUGGAGCCGGAGCCCGGAGACUGCGCGGUGUGCCUGAGCGGCAUCGGCGGCCGCGACGAGGUGCGGCGGCUCAGCAACUGCCGCCACGUCUUCCACCGGGCCUGCCUCGACCGCUGGAUGGAGCACGACCAGCGCACGUGCCCGCUCUGCCGCGCGCCGCUCAUCCCCGACGAGAUGGCCGGCGCGCUCUGGGCCGCCGCCGCCGGCGUCCCCGACGCCUCCGACUUCGACUUCUCCUACCUCGGCGCGCCGCUGGCGCCCGUGCCCUCCCCGACGCUGCUGCGGCCGCACGAGCUGCUGCUCACCGGCCUGGGCGGCUACCAGUGAGAGCUCACCACCGCCCGCCACUUCCCCCGUGGGGAAUGCGCGUCUGCCUGGAUCCAUCGACGCUUGCUUGCUUGCUUCCGUUCCGUGGGAGGGACGGGGACGGACAGCAGCCGAGGCAGAGAAGAAACCCAAGGCUCUCGAAUUGUACAUAGGCAAAAUGAGUAAAGCGGCCACCCCCCCAAAAAAAGGCUAGGAGAUUAGAUCCCUCUUGUGCAUAGGUAGAUUCCGUCUUCCAAGUUUGUGGAGUUGUGAAUCUUUGCGCGGAUUAAAUUUUUGUCGAUGA